AUAGCCAGUCAAUUUGAACUCACCAUGACUCCUACUCGAUCGACCUGGCUAGUGACCGGCGCAUCAUCAGGCCUUGGCAAAUAUAUCGCUUCCCAAGCUCUUAAGGCUGGAAAUAAAGUUAUUGGAGCUACACGCGAUGUCGGAAAGGCCGAAACCACCUAUCCGGAAUUUGCGGCCAAGGGCGGCAUUUGGGUAGGGAUUGAUCCUGCCCAGCAGGAUGCCUAUGAUCAGUUUUCGAAGUACUCUCGUGAGUAUCAAGUGGAUGUUCUGGUAAAUAGUGCUGGCUAUGCUUUUAUUGGGGGCGUAGAAGAUACAAGCGAAGAAGAAGUCCGCCAGCAAAUGGAGGUCAAUUUCUAUGGGCCUCUUCGUGCUGUUCGAGCCUGUCUACCGGUCAUGCGUGAGAAGCGCUCUGGUCAUAUCAUUCUUAUUAGCAGUGGUGCAGGAUUUAUCGCUCGCCCUGGACGGGGUACCUAUUCAGCGAGUAAAUUUGGAAUCGAGGCUUUUCACGAGUCCCUGUCUCACGAGGUCAGGUCUCUCGGAAUUAAAGUCUUGAUUGUGGAGCCAGGCGCAUUCCGAACCCCUUUCGCUACCCGUCAGGUUGUGCCUGCUGCAUUUGAGAACGGCUUCAGUGCUGGCUAUACUGGUACACCAGUUGAGGUGAUGGUGAGCAUGUCUCGAAAUCUUACGGCUGCUCCGGAUUGGAUUAGAGGGGAUCCAGAGAAGGCGGCAAGAGUCAUCUUGAACGCUACAGCUGAAGGGUACGAUUACCUCCGGCUUCCCCUGGGUAAGGACUGCGUGGCUGCUUUAGAGGCGAAGAUUGGAGAGCUGCAGAAGGAUUUGGACGCUACACGCUCGGUCGCCAUUACUACUGAUGUUGAUUAA